AUGGAAAGUCGAGCCGAGAUCCACAAUGAAGAGGUGGCGGAUAGCAUGAUUGAGGCAAUAUCUCAGGUGUUGUUGUAUCUAGACCGGGUCAAGGAAGGCUAUGCCCGGAAAUUGGCCCACAUAUGGCAUGGUCCAUUCCGAGUACGGGAGAUGGUGGGGGACCAUGCAGCUCGCCUGGAUAUCAGUGGGACCGAUUACCGCAUUUACCCGUUGGUGCACCUUUCGAAGUUGGAGCUAGUCCGGCAAUAUCCCGACAGACCGAAUACAGUGUUGGUGGUGGACGAAACAGAUCGAGUGGAUUUUGACGAAGCCCUGUUACCAGAGGAUAGCUGGGAUGUGGAAUUGGAAGACAAUGAGUAUGAAGUGGAGAUGAUUCUUGACAAGCGCAUGGAAAGAAAAACUCGGUAUGGUCGUAUUCAAUGUGAAUACCUGGUGCAGUGGAAAGGAUACUCCGAUCCGUCGUGGGUAGACGAGGUGGACCUCAAUUGCGGUGGACUACUUGAGGACUACGAACGCAGGCAAGUCACUCGUAAUCGUUUUGAGGUGAUGCAGAGCCAUGAGGAGUAG